CUCUCCUUAUCUCUCAAUCGCAACACCAACUCCAUCUCCCUUCCCUUUCUAUCCCUCCUCCUCUCCUCCCUUUCCUCACCACUCUUCUUUUUUUUUUUGUUCCUCUCAAUUUUUAACACUACGAUCGAUGGAAAACCACCACCAAAAUCUCCAAGAAAGAGAGCACCCAUCCUCCCACCCCACCUCCCCAAAUUCUACAGCCAGCAGCACCAGCAGCAAAGGCGUAGCAACCACGGUUACAGCAACAAUCGCAGCAGUAGUACAGGUUAAUCCACCACCUCCAAUUCUACAGCCUCCAACGCCCAAACCCAUCCCCAGAUCCAUCGAAUCCAACCCCUACCCCACCACCUUUAUCCAGGCCGACACCUCCUCUUUCAAGCAGGUCGUCCAGAUGCUCACCGGCUCCGCCGAGACCGCCGCCAAGCACGCCUCCACCGCCGCCGCCUCCUCCAACCCGCCGCCACCCAGGAACCCCAUCCCGCCCGCCGCCAAGGCCACCGGCCCCAAGAAACCGGCUUUUAAGCUCUACGAACGCCGGAGCAGCCUCAAGAAUCUCAAAAUGAUCAGCCCACUCAUCCCCGCCUUCCUCAAUUCCGCCCCCGUCUCCCCGGCCAGCGGCGCCUUCUCCCCCAGGAAGCAGCCGGAGAUCCUCUCGCCGAGCAUCCUGGAUCUUCACUCCCUGGUCCUCAGCCCGGUCACGCCGCUGAUACUGGAUCCCUUCAACCGGUCGCCGCAGACGGACUCGUCGACGUCGCCGGCGAUUUCAGCCGAGGAGCGGGCGAUCGCCGAGAAGGGAUUCUACUUGCACCCGUCCCCGAGGAAUACGCCGAGGGACGCCGAGCCGCCCAGGCUGCUGCCGCUUUUCCCGGUGACGUCGGCCCGAAUCUCCUCCGCCUCGGCUUCCUCUCCUUGAGAUUGCUGGAUCCUUAUGAAAAGUAUUAUGACUACUUCGUCCAAUUUGAAUUCUAUCUCUUCUGCUUUCCCUCGGAGAGAGAUGGCGCUGGCUAGGGGAGGCCUCUGCUUCCAUUGUAUACAAUUUGAGUUAACUUUCUUCCUCUCUCUGAUUCGCUCCUCUGGUAUUCUCUCUGUAAUGCAAACCAAUUACCAGCCGAUAGGAAACGAAUGGUAUCCGGAACGGCAAAAGGUGGCCUUUCUUUUUUUUUUUUCCCCAUCUCUCCCCUCUGUCUGAUGUAUCUUUCGAUCUGGUUAUAAGAUUUUGUUUACUAAUGGACUCCAUGAGACAAUUUCCUUUCUUAUU